AUGUUGUACCUCUGGCUGACAGAGUACACGGCCGCGACCUUCGCCUACGUGGCUCAGCGGCAUGGCUACCUGGUGUACAACUUAACACAGAAAGAUGUAAAGUUCUUAUGUCUCGAUGGUCUUGUCUGAAUGAAUCAUAAUCAGGGUUCGUGUGAAUGGAAAGGCUUUUCCCUCUGCUUGUCUGGCUGAGAGCCUGUUUGUCAGUUGAGGAACUAAUGUGUAAAGCUUGAAGCAGCAGUUGAAGGGGUCAGUUUUGCCAGGGAUGUGGUGGGUGACGGUGAUGUUUAACCCCUGGAAUGAAUUGAUGAUGAAAUGUGGUCGACUAUUUGGCUGUACAAACUGGUAUUUUAAGUGUUUCAUAUUUUGCCAACAGCUUCCUGAUGAUAGCAAGUCUUUUCUCAACACCACCUGCGCACUUAAGUGCAUUGGAACUCUCAUACCGCAGGUAACAUUGGAACUCUCAUACCGCAGGUAACAUUGAAACUCUCAUACCGUAGGCAACAUUCGAACUCUCAUACCGAAGGUAACAUUGGAACUCUCAUAUCGCAGGUAACAUUGGAGCUCUCAUACCGUAGGUAACAUUGGAACUCCAUUCGAACUCUCAUACCGCAGGUAACAUUGGAACUCUCAUACCGUAGGUAACACUGGAACUCUUAUACCGAAGGUAACGCCUGGGCAGUGUAUAUUUUGUGGUUUUACCUGCAUGGUUGCGAGCCCUACCAUGUGGCGAUUCAUCCCAACACAUCAUUUAUAUAUAUAUAUAUAUAUAUGCUUUUUUUAACUCAUCAAAUAGCUGAAAUGUGAACAUUUUUGGAUCCGUUUAUUUCGAUAUAAGGUUGAUUUCAAAUCUGUUCAUUAGGUUCAUUGAAGAAGCUUUCGUACAUUAAGUUGCUGCAGACAUUUUGGGGUAAUUUCAGAUAGUGUUGUUUUUAAAAAAAAAAAAAUUAAAUUAAUUUCUAUUUUAGAUAGGACAGAAAUUUCCCAAUGCCGUGGUUGAAAUUCACAUUAACUCCACAUCCACACCCGUGGUCAAAAUUAGCAACGCAAGCCUCGGUCUGACCCUCAAGGGGGACCUGAAGAUGGUGGCCAAGAUUCCAGGUGGUCAGUCUGCCUACCUGCUCACACUCAACAUGGUAAAUUCAUUAGUCUGUCCGUUCAGAUAUUUAACACGGUAGGAGGAGACAGAAUCUUGUGUAUGUGUGUGUGUGUGUGUGUUUGGGGGGUGGGGGUACUUCGAACAAGUUAGGUAACAAGAAAUAAGUAACAUAAUGAAGGGGGAAACCUGACAGAAGAGCACAGCGAAACAAUUGACGCAGAAAUUCGUCUUUUUGAAGUACACAAUAUUGUCAUAAAAUUAAUGAUAAAUGUAUGACUUUUGACUUUAAUUGAUAUAUAUAUUUACUUUUACUUUUCGUAACAUGCAAGUUUUUUUGUUUAAAGAGACUUUGUUUUAUUUUGAUUUAUAUACUAUUCAAACAUUGAAAAGAUUUUUACCUGAAAUGCAGUGGCGUAGCUAAGGUUGGUGUCACCCGGUGCAGUAAAAUCAUGGUGACCCCCCCCCCCACGACUUCCACAAUGGAUUUCUUCUUGUUCAAAUAAUUCGACAUCAAAAUAAACACACAAAAAUGACAUUGACAAAAAACCAAAAAAAAAAUUGAAGGUCAGUAAGUAAAUGCAAUUAAGAACUGUAACAACGUCAAGUUAUAGUUAUUUUUACAAUAAAUUUACUUAUUUAAAAUUUUCCUUACCUUGUCUUCAAAGCUGCAAACCUGUCAAUUGUGCUCAAAUGUUAAGGGGCGGGCUAGUAAAAAAUCAGCAAAAAUAAUGCAUUUUUGAGUAUUGAUGGGUUUUGAUAUAUUUAGUUUCAAAAACUAUUUUAAAAAAAAAUUAAAUGAAUUUAAAUUAAUUUUUAAAAGAUAUUAGAAAUUUUUGUGAAAUAUUGUUUUGUUAGCAUACCUUAUAAAUCGGUAAAAGUCAUUUUUUAUGUUUGUAAUUUUUACCGAUUCGAUUCAUGAACUUAAAAUCGCCCGACUACAUCAUAUUUUGAUAUCCAUGGAAAGCUUUAUUUCUCAGAAUUAAGAUAAAUAUAGUUUCCUUCAACUUACGAUAGUUACCGAGCACCUCAUUUGGCGUUGUAUCCAUUUAUUUUAUGAAAUUCGUUUAGAUCAAGCAGUUUGUGUUCUGUAAAUAUGUCAUCAUUUCAACCUUGUGUCACCCCCCUGAAAUGGCGUCACCCGGUGCGGUCCGCACCCCCCCCGCACCCUCCUAGCUACGCCAUUGCUGAAAUGUAUGACUGAACAUUUUAUUUCUGUAAUGUUUUGGCGGGUUUCAGCUAUUUUAAAUAUAACAAUUGAAAAUGAAAACAACAACAACAAAAAAAACCCAACCCUUCCUAUUUGUCUAGAGUCUAUCUCUCGUUGGAGACGCAUUCAUUGCUAACGAGAAGGUGGGAGGACAGAUUGACGGCAACAG